AUGCAAGCGGAUAAGACUGUAACGUAUCCGAUUACCGUAGCUACGCAGGAACUUGCUGGGCUCACGCAACUUGCCGAUAUGCCACGUUGUCGUUAUGAGGUUAUUGACCCAGAGACGAGAGAUACAGUAGAUGUGGUUACGGUAGGAAGUCAAUAUAAUUUUAGAUGUUCAAUCGAUCGAUAUCUUCUGGACAAUCUCGAGUACGGGCCAGGACCGUUGCAGGCACAGAAAGAAGCGCACGCCUUCAAAUUUGCCGAUAAGGUGGGAGCAUAUGCAAUUAAGGGAACAUUGGGUCAGAGGUACGGGGUUUGGAGCAAAUCACAUGCCCUCGGCGCCUCUAGGUGCACCUAA